AUGGGAAUAUCUUCAAUCAAAGGCAUUCUAUCUUUAUACGAUAAUGUCUACGAAUUGAACCCUGAUCCGGCAACAAAAGAGAAAUGCGAGCUAGAACCUUGCUUUGGAAAACUGGAUCCAGAGAAGUUUGCUGGAGCAUUAACAAAAAAGAAUUUAGAAUUUUCUCGCGAAGAUAUUGAUGGGAAAACGCUUUUUACGCUGAAGACUCUUGGUGCUACGGUGCGUCUCGAGAAAGGAGGUCUGCGAACAGUAAUGAAUUGCACGAAUCCUGAAAAUCGUCGAUUGUUAGCGGAAGCUAUCACAGUGUGCUUGAAAAAAUUAUGA